GGCUUCCAAUGGGUUAAGAUGAACUGAACCAGAUUCCUAGAGAGGAAGGGAAUUUGAGGAGGAAGGGAGGGCCCCUACAGAUCAAAAGCACCUCCUUCCACAAUCCUUUCCUCCCUGGCUUCUCACUUGGGGAGGGGGAAAGGGCCUUUGUCAAUGCCCGCUGCAUUGCUGGCCUCUUCUGAAAUGUGGUAAGCCUCUCCCCCCUGCCCCAUUUUGUGCAUUUGGGGGUGGGGGGAUCCAUGGGCCGCAGAGGAAGAGUGCAUAGGGGGACUGUGCAGCUGAUCCAUUCGGGAUCCACCACAAUACCCAAAUCAGGGAGUGGAUCUUCUUCCAUUCACUCUCCUCUCUGCAAAGCCAGGAGGGCCCCUUUGAUAUAUUGGUGUGUGGUGGUGGUUAAAGUAGGACUGUAAUGCUGAUCUCAUUUCAAUGGACACAAAUCUUCAAUUGAGUGGAAUUAAGUAGGAGACAAAAAGGCUCGAGACUGAAAUUGGCAGGUGACGAAGUUCCUUCAGCCUCUUGGAGGCUUUUGUAGAGCAGAUCACAGAUGGAUGGGGAAGACUCAUCUGGCUCAAAAGCAGGAAGAAGCUCCCAUAUCACCCAAAAAGGAAGCAGUGAGGAAUCUUGGGAAAGAACCAUGCAAAAGGUUUUGGGUGAGGACACCCUCAGUUCAGAAGUGCAAAGGCAACAGUUCAGGCAUUUCCGCUACGAGGAGGCCAAGGGGCCCCGAGAGGCUUGCAGCCGACUCCACCACCUCUCCCAUCAGUGGCUGAAGCCAGAGCAAAACACGAAGAAUCAGAUUCUGGAUCUGGUGAUCCUGGAGCAGUUCUUGGCUGUCCUUCCACCAGAGACGGAGAGCUGGGUGAGGGAAUGUGGAGUAGAGACCACUUCCCAGGCGGUGGCCCUGGCCGAAGGUUUCCUCCUGAGCCAGGCAGAGGAUGAGAAGCAGGCAGAGCAGCAGGUAAAGAAUCUGUUUUCAGAAGUGAACACUGAGGCAGAGAGGAGUCCAUCGAACACUAGAGAGGAGCCAUUGGGGAAUGGAGUGCUGCUGGCAAGACCUCCUCAGCCGUCUCAUCUUCGCAAUGGAGGGGAAGCAGCUACUGUGGAGGAGGAUCAGGGACCCUUGUCCUUUGAAGAUGUGGCUGUGUAUUUUACUGAGGAGGAGUGGGCGCUGCUGGAUCCUAACCAGAGAGCUCUGCAUAAGGAAGUCAUGGAGGAGAAUUAUGGAAUUGUGGCCUUUCUCAAAGGUAAUGAAUUGCAAUCCAAGAAUAAGGGAGACCACUACAAGAUCCAUGCAGUGUGGGAGCCAUAUCAAUAUUUGAAGUGUAGAGAGAGCUUCAGUCAGAGCUCCCAUCAAAAGACUCACAGUGGGGAGAAACCAUAUCAGUGCUUGGAAUGUGGAAAGAGCUUCACUUGGAAGAAAAGUCUCACUUCUCAUCAAAGAAUUCAUACAGGGGAGAAACCAUAUCAAUGCUUUGAAUGUGGAAAGAGUUUUCAUACAAGCACAAACGUCCAUCGUCACAGAAGAAUUCACAGUGGGGAGAAACCAUAUCAAUGCUUGGAGUGUGGAAAGACCUUUAAUAGAAGCACAAACUUUCAUCGUCAUCAAAGUAUUCACCGUGGGGAGAAACCAUUUCAAUGCCAGGAGUGUGGAAAGAGCUUCGUUCGGAAGAGUGAUGUCACUUCCCAUCUACGCAUUCACACAGGGGAGAAACCAUAUACAUGCAUGGAAUGUGGAAAGAGCUUCAGUAGCAGCACGACAUUACAUUCUCAUCAAAGAAUUCACAGUGGGGAGAAGCCCUACCAAUGCUUGGAAUGUGGAAAGAGCUUUAUUCAGAGUUCCCAACUUACUUCCCAUCAAAGAAUUCAUAGUGGGAACAAACCGUAUCAGUGCUUCGAAUGUGGAAAGAGCUUCCGUCAUAGCUCCAGCUUUACUAUACAUCAGAGAAGCCACACAGGAGAGAAACCAUAUAAAUGCUUGGAAUGCGGAAAGAGCUUCUGCAACAGCUUCAGCCUUACUGUACAUCAGAGAAGCCACACAGGAGAGAAACCUUAUCAAUGCUUGGAAUGUGGAAAGAGCUUCAGUCAGAGUUCCAAACUCACUUCCCAUCGAAGGAUUCACACAGGGGAGAAACCAUAUAAAUGCUUAGAAUGUGGAAAGAGCUUCCAUCAGAACUCAAAUCUUGCUUCCCAUCAAAGGAUCCAUACUGGCGAAAAACCAUAUAAAUGCUUAGAAUGUGGAAAGACCUUUAAUAGCAGCACAAACUUCCAUCGUCAUCAAAUAAUUCAAAGUGGAGAAAAACCAUAUCAGUGCCAGGAAUGUGGAAAGACCUUCGUUCAGAAGAGUGAGAUCACUUCCCAUAUACGAAUCCACACAGGGGAGAAACCAUAUAAAUGCUUAGAAUGUGGAAAGAGCUUUAUUCAGAGCUCCCAACUCACUUCCCAUCAAAGAAUUCACAGUGGGGAGAAGCCAUAUCAAUGCUUGGAGUGUGGAAAGAGCUUCCGUCAUAGCACUGGCCUUACCAUACAUCAGAGAAGCCACACAGGAGAGAAACCAUAUAAAUGCUUGGAAUGUGGAAAGAGCUUUAUUCAGAAGUCAGAUCUUACUUUCCAUCAAAGGAUCCAUACCGGGAAGAAACCAUAUAAAUGCUUAGAAUGUGGAAAAAGCUUCAGCUGCAAGAAAAGUCUCACUUCCCAUCAAAGAACUCAUAGUGGGGAGAAGCCCUAUCAAUGCUUAGAGUGUGGAAAAAGCUUCCGUCAUAGCAUCAGCCUUAUUAUACAUCAGAGAUACCACACAGGACAGAAACCAUAUAAAUGCUUGGAAUGUGGAAAAAGCUUCCAUCAGAAGUCAAAUCUUACUUCCCAUCAGAGAAUCCAUACAGGGGAGAAACCAUAUAAAUGCUUGGAAUGUGGAAAGUGCUUUAUUCAGAGCUCCCAACUCACUUCCCAUCAAAGAAUUCACAGUGGGGAGAAGCCCUACCAAUGCUUGGAGUGUGGAAACACCUACUGCCAGAAGAAAGAUCUUAUUUCCCAUCAAAGAAUUCACAGUGAUGACGAGCCAUAUAACUAUUCAGAGUGUGGAGAGAGCUUUAGUGAGAGGUCACAUAAAAGAACUCACAGCGGGGAGAAACCAUAUCAGUGCUUGGAAUGUGGAAAGAGCUUCACCUGGAAGAAAAGUCUCACUUCUCAUCAAAGAAUUCAUACAGGGACAAAACCAUAUCAAUGCUUGGAAUGUGGAAAGAGCUUUUAUACAAGCACAAACUUCCAUCGUCACAGAAGAAUUCACAGUGGGGAGAAACCAUAUCAAUGCUUGCAGUGUGGAAGGACCUUUAAUAGAAGCACAAACUUCCAUCGUCAUCAAAGUAUUCACAGUGGGGAGAAACCAUAUCAGUGCCAGGAGUGUGGAAAGAGCUUCGUUCGGAAGAGUGAUAUCACUUCCCAUCAAAGAAUUCACACAGGGGAGAAACCAUAUCAGUGCUUGCAAUGUGGAAAGAGCUUUAUUCAGAGCUCCCAACUCACUUCCCAUCUACGAAUUCACACAGGGGAGAAACCAUAUAAAUGUUUGGAAUGUGGAAAGAGCUUCAAUAAAAGCACAAACUUCCAUUCUCAUCAAAGAAUUCACAGUGAGGAGAAGCCCUAUCAAUGCUUGGAGUGUGGAAACACCUUCCGCCAGAAAAAAAAUCUUGUUUCCCAUCAAAGAAUUCACAGUGGGAACAAACCAUAUCAGUGCUUGGAAUGUGGAAAGAGCUUCCGUCAUAGCAUCGGCCUUACUAUACAUCAGAGAAGCCACACAGGAGAGAAACCAUAUAAAUGCUUGGAAUGCGGAAAGAGCUUCUGCAACAGCUUAAGCCUUACUGUACAUCAGAGAAGCCACACAGGAGAGAAACCUUAUCAAUGCUUGGAAUGUGGAAAGAGCUUCAGUCAGAGUUCCAAACUCACUUCCCAUCGAAGGAUUCACACAGGGGAGAAACCAUAUAAAUGCUUAGAAUGUGGAAAGAGCUUCCAUCAGAAGUCAAAUCUUACUUCUCAUCAAAGGAUCCAUACUGGGGAGAAACCAUAUAAAUGCUUAGAAUGUGGAAAGAGCUUCAGCUGCAAGAAAAGUCUCACUUCCCAUCAAAGGAUCCAUGUACAAGAGGAAUCAUAGAAGUGCUUGAAGUCUAGGGUUUUUUUAAUAUGCAGUUGGACAUAAAAUGUGGAAUUUGAAAACAUUUCGUGCAGUUGGAAAGCUGAUAAUGUGCAUUUUGAAAUAUGGAGGAGGUAGACACAUUAGGCAUUGUGGUUAUUAAGCACUUAAAUGACAGGCAAGUGUUGGGAAAGGCUACUACUACUGCAUUUAUAUCCCACCCUUCCUUCCAAAGAAGCCCAUAAAGGUAGAUAUGCUUAAAACAAACUGUCUAAACCAUAUUAAUAACAAAGUCUUCAUUUGGGCCUGAAUCUUCUCCACCUUUAUCUUUGGGUAGGUACCACUUUAUUGCAUCCUUGUAAAUAUCCUUAAAUUGCUGCUGUUUCCUACUCUGUGUUCCUUCUUCUGGAACCACAGCGAAACAGCUAGUCUGGGAUCCCACUUGGCCAAUGAGGACAUAUUAUAAUGGAUGUAAAGAUAGAAUUUUUCUGCUUCCAUUUGUAGUCGGGCCCUGCUUUUACUUUUGAACACAACACUUGCACUUAUGAGCCUCUUGACAUCGGCUGUAUGAGGCUUGGCAGCAAGAAUGGGUAUGGUGACCCUGCAAAGAAUUUGAUUUUGUUCUCCAAAGCCAUGAAGUGUGCACUCUCAGCAUGGUCAGUGCCAAGUUUCUUCAUAUUCCAUCUCCAGAUUUGUGCAAUUAGUAACAUGACUCCACCCCUCGGCUGUUCCUUUGCUCUACUUUUCAGUUUCCAUUUCCGUUGUGUUCUCUACACAGCCAGCAAUAAAGCAGUAUGUUUGUUUCCCUGCAAUAAGAAGUAAAAGUUUGUUUAAUCUGCAGUUAUUAUGAGGAGUAUAGCAGGAUUUUGUGCUUAUUGCUAAAGGGUGAAAUAAAGAGAUAACUUAACAUGAUCUGAAUCACAGAAUCAUAGAAUAGUAGAGUUGGAAGUGGCCUACAAGGCCAUCAAGUCCAACCCCCUGCUCAAUGCAGGAAUCCAAAUCAGAACAUUCCCGACAGAUGGCUGUCCAGCUGCCUCUUGAAUGCCUCCAGUGUCAGAGAGCCCACUACCUCCCUAGGUAAUUGGUUCCAUUGUCGUAUGGCUCUAACAGGAAGUUUCUUCUGAUGUCCAGUCGAAAUCUGGCUUCCUGCAACUUGAGCCCAUUAUUCCGUGUCCUGCACUCUGGGACUAUCGAGAAGAGAUCCCGGCUCUCCUCUAAAUAUCUACCCUAACUUACCCUUUACAGUUUUAAAGCACUCGCUAUACUCACAAUCAUAGUGGCUAUUUUUUCUUCUUUUUCUUGAGCACAGGCAUACCCCGCUUAACGUUGCCCCGCUUAAUGUUGCCUCGCUAUAACGUACAUGCUCCAUUCGUCCCCAUACCCCGCUUAACGUUCGCGCACUUCACAAUAACGUAUACUUUCUUGGCAGAGCUUGGAAAAGUUACUUUUUUGAACUACAACACCCAUCAGCCCCAGCCAGCAUGGCCACUGGAUUGGGCUGAUGGGAGUUGUAGUUCAAAAAAGUAACUUUUCCAAGCUCUGUUUCUUGGCAUGACGCCGCUGCCAUGUAGUGGUGAUUGCGUGCACUACAAGUGAAGACAAUUGCUUCACUUAACAUUUAUUUUCGCUUUAAGUAUACUCUCUGGUCCCAUUGCAAACGUUAAAGCGGGGUACGCCUGUACUUAAUGGCAAAGGAUGAAAACAGCCCAAGAGGAAUAGAAACACUGCUGUGCACACUAUAGUUAGCUGGCUGAUUGGCCACCUAGGCUGUGAUUCAGGCCUAAUUUGCACAAUGUGUACAGCUUUAUAUGAGGCCUUUUCAGGUUCCUGGGCAGAAAAAUCAACCAAGUAACCAGAUAAAAGAAAAAUUGAGUUGUUUUCCACAAUUAGUUUCCAAUCGCUUAGUUAGUCCUUCAUGUAGCAGCCAGUUAAAAAGUCCCUUUGAUUGUCCAACAGGAAGUAAAAUCUAAAGGCUAUUUUCUCUCUCUCUUUGAAAAGGUGUAUUGUGAACCUACCAUUCAGCAAGCUUUUUUGCAUGUUUAUCCAGGUGUUUAUAUAAGUUUAUGAAAGGAGGUCUAUUAUGCAGUAAAUACUUUACGAAGUUACGACUCGGUCUCAUUGACUUCAACAAGAAAGAUAUGCAUAUUGUUCUCAGCACCACUCUGCCUAAAUGCUUGACAGUGGUUGUAUUGUAAUGUGCUCUUCCUCUGUUUCUAAGUUCUUUGUAUUGGU